AUGAAAGCUCGUGCACGGCUGGCAUUGGGUCCACGUCAGGUCGCUGCCCGUGUCCGCGAUCGCCAGGAUGUCCAUGGGAGGGGUGCCGAGGCCCACCGUCAUGAGGUACUCGCCGGAGUUUUCGGCCACCGGGGCGGAGGCGGCGCCGCCGUAGGCGGCGGUGGUUGUGCGGUGGUGGAAGGAGGAUUUGCGGGCGGAGGAGCGGUGGAAGGAGGAGCGGAGAAGGUCGAAGGGGGAUUUGGAAGGGUCAUAACCGGGAGAGCCGGGGGAGCCGCGGCGGAUGAGAUCCACGGUGAUGACUUGAGAGGAAGAGGAGAUGGAGAGGAGAAGGAGAGAAAGUGUGGUGGUGGUGUAGUAAAAAGCCAUCGUUUUUGA